UAUAUUAAUUUAAGCAUAAUUCAUUGUUUAUACUUUAUUUGUUAGAAUAUAUCAUUCUUGCUUUAUUUAAGAUGUGGAAAAAUUUGAAAAUGCAUCUUUUCGGAUGUAUUAUAUGUUUAUUAAAUUUACAUAUCCCGUGCAAAGCACUAGUGAUAUACUAGUUAAACAAAAAAAUUAUAUUGUACUCCGUAGAUUAGUAGAAAAGAGAAUUUGGAUAUCAAAACAUGAGAUAAAACCAAUAAAUAAAUACCAAUAAAUGCAAUGGAAUAUGAAAUAAUUUCACAGACCACUGGAGGAGAAUGAGGUCGGAGUAGAGUUGGUCCAAAUCUCAAAGAUGAGGUCCGACAAUUCAUAGCUCGAUUUGUAGCAAAGAUGGAGGUCGGAGAAGACGGCCAGGUUUGCCUCUGUCGUGCGGCUACAGGUGCUUGGCUGAUUGUAGAUGCUGGGAAAGAAAUGGAGGAAACCCCUAGUUUUUUGGAAGCCACUAAGUACCCAGGUGUCUGGUACUUAGACAGUGGCUGUUCAAGACACAUGACGGGUGAUGCGAGCCUUUUGAGCAAUCUAAUUCCCUAUGAUGGUCCAAGAGUUACUUUUGGAGGAAGCAAUGAUUUUGGCCUUACCAAAGGGCUAGGAAAUCUGGUGUACAAGGGACUAACCAUCCAAGCUGUUUCUUAUGUAGAAGGUCUCAAUUAUAACCUUCUUAGCAUAAGUCAGUUUUGUGAUAAAGGUUAUUCCUUGGAAUUUUGCAAGGACAUGGCAUCUCUCAAGAACAUCUCCACAAAUGAAGUCAUUCUCACUGGGAAUAGAAUCAGAAACAUCUAUGAAGUGAUGUGGGAUAAUGUCAAGGAAGCAUGUCUAAUCAGCAAAGACAAGGAUGAAGAAGUCAAUGAAGGGGAUAGAAUGAAGCCUACGGAGUUCAUUCCAUUCAGAAGUCUGCCACUGAAGACUUCACGGAGAAAUCCGGAUUCAGACAGUGCUGAGCUUUCCGGAAAUGUUGGUCAGCCUUCCAAUAUUCCGGAUACUUCAAACGGCGACAAUUCCGGAAAUGGCGACCCAGUGCCAAUCUAUCCGGAAACACCAACAACCUCUGUUCUUCAACCAGAAGCUGAACUAGAUCAACCAGUCAAUCCCAAUCAACACAAUCUUUGUUGGUUAAGGGAUCAUCCUCCUCAACAAAUCAUUGGAGAUAUUCAAUCUGGUGUUCGCACAAGGAGUGCCCAACAGAAUCUAGAAGCUAUGCUUGCUUGCGCUCAAGAACUCUCCGAAUUUCUUCAAAUGGAGAUUCGCCUCAAAUUCGAGGAAGAAGUUCUUGAAUUCUACAGGAAUGGAGAAGUUAAGUCUGCUAAAUCAAAGAAAGACCCACAGAGGACGUUUCCAGUCAUCAAAUCAACUGUGGGAGGAAUCAAAGUGAAGCUUUCGCAGAAGAAAUUGGGAGAAAAGCUUCGCCUUCCCAAUUCUGGAGUUGAAGUUGGAAAACUUCCAGUCAAAAAUCUGGACUGGAAGGUCAUUGGAAUUUCUGGGCAAAUUCCUUCUGGCCCAGCGAAGAAAGCAGAUCUAAACAACGAUUACAAAUUGAUUUUAGAAUUAGUCAUCGCCUGCCUCGAAUGUGGAAGUGGAGGUCACGCCGAUGACAUCACCCAGGAGAGAGCCUUUAUCAUCAACGCUCUCAUUACCAAAACCAAGGUAAACUGGGCUGCACACUUUUUCAAUUCCAUCUCAAAGCAUGUGGGAAAGCCAAAUCAGAAGUAUCUCUGUAAAGGUCUCUAUAUUGGACAUGUUUUGGAGUCCAUGGGAGCUGCAGUUAAAGGAAGGAAGUAUGAAACCAGAUAUUGGCUGUACUAUCUGUCUUCCAAAGGAGAGAACAGAGCUAGUGCUAGUGCCACUGCAGAAGAAAGCUCUUCAGACAAUGUGCCACUCAUCCUGUUGGCAAAGACUGCCAAGAGAAAGCAAGUGGUGUCUCCCUCCAUCAGCAUUAAAGCACCACAAAAUCUUGCCUUAGCAUGUUUGGAAGAAGAAGAAGAAGUCUCUAACCAUGGAGAACUUCAAAGGAAGAAGAAGAGGAAAAUCAACUCUCCAUCAACAUCCGGAAAUGUCAAUCCGGAUGAGUUGAAGGAGAAGGAGCCUGCUGAGGAAGCCUCUGUUCAGAACCGGAGUCCUCAACAACUUGAAGAAGAAACUCCUCAAGUCCCAAGCCUUCCAACCUCAUCUUCUCAGCCUCAAACAGAUGAUGCUGAAAACAAAUUCUGGCAGCUUUACUAUAAUUGGAGAGCUUGGAAAGUUGGAAACUCAGAAGAGCAACUGAUGGAUUGGGACCAACAGCUGAAGAAUGAGAAGGUAAUUAAUAAGUGCCUUGGUAUUCCAGUCAACCACAACUGUGAAGAUAUUUUGAAUGAUUUCUGGGUAUGGCAAAGAGACUCGGAAGAUCUGCAUAUGGAGUACCUGGUCUCCACACCAGUUUCAGACUAUGAAGCAGAUGAUGAAGACACUGCAGUCUUCAAGCCAGUCUUCGCCAAAGCCACAGAAGAUCAAGUCGUUUUCACUGUUGAAGCACAGAAUUUUUUGGAAGCAGCAGCUGAAGGUUUCCAAACAUUUCCGGAAACCUCACCUGCUUCUGAAGUGGUUCUGACUGAGGCUAUUCAGGAGAAGGCAGCCUCUCCUCCACAAGAACAGAACAAGGAAGCUACUGAAGAAGGAGAAUUUCAGCAGCUAAUCCAAUCUCAAGUUUUAGAGAUCUCCAACCAGCCAGAACUUGAGAUUCCGGAUAAGCAUUCUGAAGAAGCUAAAACUCAGAUGGCAGAAGUGGAGGUCUCUCAAACUCCAGCAGCCGUCUUUGAAGAACAGAAUGCACAUGAAGAAAGAGACUCCCUCUCUAGGGACAUAUCAAAUUUUGCCCUUGAAAAAGCUGAGGAAGAAUCUGAAAGAACAUUGAAGGUUAUUGAUGAAGAAGAUGAACAAGAAGAUGCUCAAUCUCUUCCUAUGCAACUCUUCCAAAGAACCCCAUCUUCUCAUCAGGUAACCAAUUUCCAUUUUCAUAGCUCUACCACUCCUACAUUUCCGGAUGAGAUACCGGAAAUCUGGACAAAGAAGGUCCAAGGGCUGAUUGAAUCAGCCCUAGCAUCUCAACAUGCCUCCUUUAUGCAAGAGAUAGAGCAAAUGGAAGCCAAAUACAGACAACUGCUAGAGAAAUCAGAAGAAAAACAUAACGCUGAUCUUAAAGAAAUAAGCAAAUCAGUAGACAAAACUCUAGAGAUCAUCUCUCUAUUGAGUAAAACUAUAAGCAAUACGAUGGAAAUAUAUACCUGUGACAGUCAAUUGCAAUUCAAAGAAUUCAACAAAGUCAAGGAACAAAUAGCCAGUGUCACAAUUAGUCUACAAAAGCAGAUGUCCCUUCUCCAACUGGACAUCAGAUCAUCCCUAGCAGUAGCUUCAGCAAACCAGGUAGUAGUCAAAGACUACUUGAAGGUGAUCAUUGACAAUCAAAAGGAAGCAUACAAGCUGUUCAGACUCAUUGGUGCACAUACUGGGAACCGCAAGAUGGAAGUGAUUCUUCAACAACACAAUCCAUCUCCAAUACCCCAGCUACCCAUUGCAGUCAACGAAGGAGAAGCAUCCUAUAUCCCUUCUCAUCUGAACAUGACAAAUCUCAUCCUUGGAGCACAGCAAAGGAAUCCGGAAAGCUCAGCACAGCAUCUAUCCAGCUCAGAACUGGAUGGAACAGAAUUUAUAGGUGCAGUUGCUGACCACUUCUCAAAUGAUGCUCAAGCAGAAGAAAGGCGUGAGAAUUUAAGGCGCAUCAAAGAACUCUGUGGAAACAUGCAGGGCAUCAGUGAGGUUGCCGGAUCUUCCAAGCGCAAGAGAAACUGAAGGUUUAUUUCAUCAAACCAGGGGGAAAGUAUGUGAAAUCACCAAUUUUGUUUUGAUGAAAACACCUUCUUGUUUAAACAUUAAUUGAUUGGUUUAAACAUUGUUCUCAAUUAUGCUUGAUUAUGUUUAUCUCAAGUAUGAUUUGUCUUAAUUAUUUCUCUGAAAGCGCAUACAUUCAGGGGG